AUGACAGAGGCUUGCUCCAGCCGUACGGCAGAGGAGCAGAGGAUAGCACCCACCAACAACCGUCAGCAACAAACAACUACCUCCAGCACCCACCAACAACCGUCAGCAACCAACAACUACCUCCAGCACCCUCCAACAACCGCCAGCAACCAACAACUUCCAACUACCUCAAGCACCCACCAACAACCGUCAGCAACAAACAACUUCCAACUACCUCCAGCACCCACCAACAACCGCCAGGAACUAACAACGUCCAACUACCUCCAGCACCCUCCAUCAACCAACUACCUCAAGCACCCACCAACAACCGUCAGCAACAAACAACUUCCAACUACCUCCAGCACCCACCAACAACCGCCAGGAACUAACAACGUCCAACUACCUCCAGCACCCUCCAUCAACCAACUACCUCCAGCACCCACCAACAACCCACCCACCAACAACCUCCAGCAACCAACAACUUCCAACUACCUCCAGCACCCACCAACAACCGCCAGGAACCAACAACUUCCAACUACCUCCAGCACCCACCAACAACCUCCAGCACCAACUAACCUCAGCACCUCCAACAACCAACUAAGCACCCACCAACAACCGUCCAACAACAACUUCAACUACCUCCAGCACCCACCAACAACCUCCAGCAACCAACAACUUCCAACUACCUCCAGCACCCACCAACAACCGCCAGGAACCAACAACUUCCAACUACCUCCAGCACCCACCAACAACCUCCAGCACCCACCAACUACCUCCAGCAACCAACAACUACCUCCAACAACCAACUACCUCCAGCACCCACCAACAACCUCCAGCAACAAACAACUUCCAACUACGUCCAGCACCCUCCAACAACCUCCAGGAACCAACAACUUCCAGCUACUCCAGCGCACCCUCCAACAAGCGCUCACCAACUACCUCCAGCACCCACCAACAACCGCCAGCAACCAACAACUUCCAACUACCUCCAGCACCUCCAACAACCGCCAAACCAACUACCUCCAGCACCCACCAACAACCUCCAGCAACCAACAACUUCCAACUACCUCCAGCACCCACCAACAACCGCCAGCAACCAACAACUUCCAACUACCUCCAGCACCCUACAACAAUCUCCAGCAACCAGCAACUUCCAACUAUCUCCAGCAUCUCCAACAACCUCCAGCACUCACCAACUACCUCCAGCACCCACCAACAACCCAACCAACUACCUCCAGCACCCUCCAACAACCUCCAGCAACCAACAACUUCCAACUAUCUCCAGCAUCUCCAACAACCUCCAGCAACCAACUACCUCCAGCACCCUCCAACAACCUCCAGCAACCAACAACUUCCAACUACCUCCAGCACCCUCCAACAACUUCCAGCAACCAACAUCCAACUACCUCCAGCACCCUCCAACAACCUCCAGCAACCAACAACCCAACUACCAGCACUACCUCCAGCAGCACCCACCAACAACCGCUAGAAACCAACUACUUCCCCAGCAACCAACAACAUCCCCAGCAGCCAACAACUUCCAACAACCUCAAGCACGUACCAACAGGCGCCAGCAACCAAUAA